GCUAAACGUGAACACGAAAGUAUAGCCCAGGAGGUGCUGUCGGGUCGUCAAAAUCGUAUUUUGUCCAUCGCUGCUACGAUGUAGCGCCAUGAUUUUGGUAUCGCAUAAAACCGUAGCAUUGGGUAUUUCCCUACUCAUCUGUAUCGAAGGCAUUUGACUGUACAUACAGUGUGUGAUAGAAACAGCCUACUACACUGACCUAUUUUCUCGCUAUCUCUCUCUACGCGGCCUCCACUACUGCUGUAUGCAUUCCAGUAUACUUCUAAUUCACUGGGCAAUCGCCAUAAGUACUCGUCUCUGGAUGUGUAGCAUACAUAAACUUAGGUUAUAGAAGCACAAAAGUAAACCAUGUUUACAGAUACAUAAAGUUAACCACACGUUGUUGAAGAUAUUUGCCAAUUUUUAUUGUCUUUUAUAAAUAGAGUGUUACUCAACUGCUAAAAAUGUCUUACAUUCAAUUUGAAAGUGCCAGAAUUAAAGAUGCUGCAAGACAAGAAUUAAAGGAGGCACGAGAAAAGUUAUUGGAGAAAUCUAUUAAGGAUUAUCAAUUUUAUUAGGCAGAGGCAGAUUAUUAUAAAAGGAAAGCACAAAAAGAAAGAGCAAAGAAUAGGGGUGAGGAUAAGUGGAUGCUACCAUCUUUGGAUGCAAAAUUGAAAUUAAAGAAGUCUAAGAAGGAGAAAAAGGCAAAAACUAGGAAGGAAAAGAAGUCCAAAAAGAAAAAGAAAACUCAUGACAAAUCUAGCUCUGGUUCAGGCUCCACUGAUGAUGAAAAAGAAGAAUGGGUUGAAAAAGCAGUGGAGCAUUCCAUAGAAUCAACAACUGGAAAUGUCUCUGAAACGCAAAAACCAGUUGAAAGAGAUGAAUGGAUGAAUCUUCCUGGGUUAUUCCCAUGCACGUCACGCAGUGAACUUAGGCAAUCUAAAACUGAACUAACAGAAAAUAAACAAGACAGUGCUAUAUUACGUCAUCCAGGACAGAGCGAAAGAGAACUAAACCCAUAUUGGAAAGAUGGAGGUACUGGUUUGCCAUUGACUGAAACUGAGCAUCCUAAAAGUGGUAGACUUAUGGAUGCUGCAUGGCUAAAGAAAAGUCUUCAGAGAGCUCAGGAGCAAGCAACUGAAGAAGGAAAAUCAUUAGAAGAGAUUGCUGCCGAAAGAUGGGGUUCCUUAGAGACAAUAAAAUCUAUGAUAGCCGAUGCUGAAGCAUGGUCACAUAAUGAGUAUGGUUCAAGAAAAGAUAAAAAAUUUGCCACGACUAAUGAUGAUAAUUACUAUAAAAAGUAUGAUAAAAGAAGAAUUUAUGGAUCCAAUAGCCGAGAGAGAAGGCAUAGAUCACGUUCAAGAAGUUCCGAGAGACAGGGUCCGUACAGAAGUCAGGAUGGACAUUAUAAAAGUGAAGAAUGCAAUAAUGAUAGAUAUGAAGAUAGAGAAAGAAGAAACAAAUAUCGUGAAAAAUACGAUAAUGAGUAUUACGAGCGGAGACAAAAGCCAUCUUUCAAAAAACCUAAUCAAGAUGAUAACACUGUAGAUAGAAGCUCAGCCAGUUCACGUUCAGCAGGUACAAAGAGAUGGCAAAAGCUGGAAAUACAAGAAAUGAAUAAAAAAGAACAGUCUGAAAGGAUCAUCAAAGAAUUAGAAAAAGAGAAACUAGAAAAAGUGGAAAGUGAUUCCAAUGGAGUUGAUUCAGAAUCAGAACAAAAUUCAGAGAAUGAAGAAGACAAAGUUUUAACUGAAGCAGAAUUGAAUCAGUUAGGGGCGAGAAUAGUUAAAGCAGAAAUAAUGGGGGAUAAUGAACUAGCGGCAGAGUUAAAAAUAAAACUAGAAAACGCUAGAGAGAUUCGUAAGAAUGCUCCAGUGAAACCAAGCAAAGGUGCAGAACAAGAAACUGUGAUUCUCACCAGAACAGAUAACAGAGGUAUGAGUAGACCAGUGGAGCCUCGAAGUCAAUAUCAGGAGCCUGCAGGAGGACGCAGAAAGAAGAAAAGAGUUGAAACUCACACAUCUGGUGAAAGAGUUCGAUAUUUUGCUGAUGACAAUAAACACAGUUUACAAGAGAUGUUUCAACAAGAAAAAGGAAGAUCUACUGCUGAGGAUGAGGCCAGUUUUGCAAAUAUUGCUUCGAAGGGUAUGGACAUGGAUGAAAUGUUUGAGCACAAGAUCUCACACCAAGAAUCAGAUGCUAAGAAAGAUGCUCGAGAUCGCAUGAGAGCCAUUCAUGAGCAUAAAAAAAUGGCACGAAGCCUGGAUAAUUGCAGAUGGUGUGUCGAUUCAAAGGAAAUGCUUAAACACAUGAUUGUUGCAAUGGGGACGAAGGUUUACUUGAGUCUGCCAUCGCAUACAUCCUUGACUAUUGGACAUUGUAUUUUAUCGCCAAUUCAUCAUGUAAUUUGUCAAACCCAACUGGAUGAAGAUAUAUGGGAAGAAUUACAGGCAUUUAAAAAGGCAUUGACUAAAAUGUUCAAGGAUCAGGACGAAGAUCCAGUUUUCUUUGAAAUAUCAAUGGGGCAUCAUAGAUUUCCUCAUAUGCAAUUAGAGUGUAUUCCAUUGCCUAAAGAAGUAGGAGACACAGCUCCAAUUUAUUUCAAAAAAGCUUUAUUGGAAUGUGAAAUGGAAUGGUCGACGAAUAAAAAAGUUGUUGAUCUGAGUGGUAGAGAUGUAAGACGUGCAAUUCCAAAGGGUUUGCCAUAUUUUGCAGUGGACUUUGGAAUGCAAGGGGGAUUUGCUCAUGUAAUCGAGGAUGAAAGAUUAUUCCCAAGAAAUUUUGCUCAGGAAAUCAUUGGUGGGAUGCUGGAUCUAGAUCAUAGUCUCUGGCGAAAACCUCGUCGAGAGAAUUUUGACACACAAAGGAAAAAAGUUAUGGAGUUUGCAGAAAUGUGGAAAAAAUAUGAUUUUACUGCAGAUAAUGAUUCUGACUGAAAUUGUAUUCUAGUGUGAGCAACUCAAUAUAAACAAAAAGAAUGUCGCACUUAUCACAUGUCAUAAGUCUGCUUAUAUAAAUAUAUAUAUACAAUUAUUUUUUAA